AUGAAGUUCAUAAAGCUACUCUUUGCAUCGAUUCUUGUCAUGGUUCUAGUCCUAAGCAUUGCAGCAACAGCAAGUCUAGACCAACAGGAUGAUACUAAUAAUAAGUCAGCAGCUGAAGAGGAUGAUAAUGAUGCUGAGACUAAACAACGUUUCAUGUUAGAUGAAACAGAAGGCCGAUCUCUCUUGCAAAAGAAACGAACUCGAAGACUUACUUGCAACAAGUUCCCUAGGAUUUGUCAUGCUAGGGGGAGUCCUGGACCUCAAUGCUGCAAGAAGAAAUGUGUAAACAUAUUGAUGGACCGGCUAAAUUGCGGGAAGUGUGGGAAGAAGUGCAAGUACAAUGAGAUAUGCUGCAAAGGAAAAUGUGUUAAUCCAUCAUUCAAUAGGAAACAUUGUGGUGGCUGCAACAAUAGGUGCAGCAAUGGAGAAUUGUGUGUUUUUGGGUUGUGCAAUUAUGCUUAG